CUGCCAGCCUGUCUGGUACCAAUGGACCCAGACUCACCCCUUCAGCUGACCAUUAUCCGUGUCCCCUACAUACUCAUUCAACUGGAGCAGAUGCAGGGGUUCCUGCAGAAAUGCUCCCAUCUCCAGGUGUCCACAGUCGCCUCCCCUUCCUUGCUGCAGCAUGGACUGAUCCUGGUGCGAGUGCUGGCCACGCCCCCCACCCCAUCCAGGUCUCCCCUUGCCUACAGACUUCAGACCUCGGGCACGACAGGGCAGCCCAAGACUGUGGGCGUCCCUCACAGCUGUAUUGUGCCAAAUAUUCUACAUCUUAGGUCUCUGUUUGAGGUCACGACCCAUGAUGUCAUCUUCAGUGCCUCACCCGUGACCUUUGACCCAUGCAUAGUGGAGUUGUUCCUGGCCCUAUCCAGCAGAGCAGCGCUGCUGAUGGUUCCUGAGGAGGUGAAGAAAGCUCCCAGGUUCCUGGCUGAUGUUCUGGUCAGGAGGCAACAAGUCACAGUUUUACAGGCAACCCCAAGCCUUGUGCGUAGGUUUGGUACAAAGCUGCUCCAGACACAAAUACUCCAUGCAGACUCACCCCUGCGACUGCUGGCGUUCGGCGGAGAGGAGUGUCCGGUACCCGCCGACAUCCGCGCCUGGAGAGGCCCCGGCAACACAACACGGUUCUACAACAUCUACGGCAUCACUGAGGUGUCGUCAUGGGCGACGCUCUACAGAAUUCCUGAGGAACACAUCAGUGCAGGCAACAGUUCCAGAGUGCCUCUGGGUCAGCCUCUUCUAGGUACUAAACUGGAGGUCAGGAACAAGGAGGGGAAACCUGUGUCAGAGGGGCAAGGGGUGCUGUAUAUUGGUGAACAGUGUUACCUGGAUGGUGAGGACCUUACCCCACCUACUGAUAUUGUCAUGCGGUCCUCAGGGGAUGUUGUUGAUCUCCAUGGUGCUGAACUAGUCUUCUGUGGUCGCCUUGACGACCAGGUGAAGCGCAACGGAAAACGGCUGGACCUGAAAUGGAUAGAACAGAAAGGCUGUAAGUUAGAUGGAGUGGAGACCUGCGUAGCUGUGAUGGACAGGAGGCACAGACUGCUGCUGUUUGUCGUUUUGUCGGCUGUCCACACGCGGGGUCAAGGUCGCGCUGAGGACAUCCUGCUGUCCCUGAGGUCAGAGCUGCCGACCCACGCUGUACCUGACAAGGUCAUAGAGGUGGCGGAGUUGCCAGUCACCAGACAUGGCAAAGUUGACAAGGACACAUUGCUGCUAUCUGCACAGUCUGACCCACCCCUGACAGUGGACCAUUGUACUGAUGUGUACCACUGUGUGUGUGAGCUCUGGGAGCAAGCUGGAGGAACCCUGAUGACGGAAACGGAAGAAAACCAGGAACUGUCUUUCCUUGCCGGUGGAGGAAACUCACUGACAGCCGUACAGCUAGUAGAAAACCUGCAGUCCACAUUUGGACACACCUUUCCUGAUGCACUGGACAUCAUCUUACAUCAGACAUUAGGAGACCUUAUGUCACAAGAGAAGAGACCUGGAAUCAGACAUCCAAAUGAGCAGCAGCGGAAGAAGAUGAAGAUAUCUGAAGACACUGACACUGUAGACAUCCUUCCAUCUGAAGACACUAUUGUGAAACCAUUCCAUAAAAGGACACAGGUGUCACAAGAUGUUCCCAGAAGUAAUAACUGCACUCGAGCAGUGCUGAGAGGGUCCCAAACUGUUUGUCUCCAGCCCAACACAGAAGAGAACGGACAAGUCAAUUGUUUAGUGCCAGAUGUGCCGUCUGUAUCCACAGCACUGGAAGAUGUAAGUUGCUUGGCAACAGAACUCGCUGCCAUGGAGAUCACCAUGGAGACGGUGUGGACAUGUGACACAGGGAAAUGUGUGGAUGCUUCACCUCUUCUGUUAACUGAAGUUAGUUGGUACCCAGCAGGGGUCGUGUUCAUCGGCUCUCACUCCCACAAGUUUUGUGCCAUUGCCAUGGAUACAGGGAAACUGUUAUGGGAGACCAAGCUGGGAGACAGGGUUGAGUCUUCAGCCUGCUGUUCCACUGAUGGGGAACUCAUCAUUGUGGGUUGCUAUGACAACUGUGUAUACGUUCUGGAGACACGGACGGGGACAAUACAAUGGUGUUACUACACAAGAGGUGCUGUGAAGUCCAGCCCAUGUCUGGACAUGAAGACCUCGCUUGUCUUCGUUGGAUCACAUGAUCAGCAUGUGCAUGCUCUAGACCUCAAGAAGCGGUGCUGCGUGUGGAAGACCCACUGUGGCGGAGGUUCCGUGUUCUCCUCUCCGUGCCUGGGCUCCAAUCCCAGACUGCUGUGUGUGGGAACACUGACAGGCACACUUAUCGCCAUCAACCCGGAUACAGGUGCUGUUUUGUGGCACACCGCCCUUCCCAAACCCAUAUUCUCCUCCCCUCGUAUCACGUCAUGGCGGAUCUACGUGGGGUGUGUCGACGGAGAACUGUACUCUGUGGAUCACCAUGGUAACGUCACCUGGAGUUUCACAACAUCUGGCCCCGUCUUCUCCUCUCCAUGUUUAUCAUCAUCAUUGUCACCACAUGAUCUUGUAGAGCAACAGCCAUUGGAUGUCAUUGUUGUGGGGUCACAUGAUUGCCAUGUGUACUGUCUGUCAGAGCAAGCUCAGCUCAGGUGGAAGUUUGAAACGGACUCAGCCGUAUAUGCCACGCCUUUUGUCUUCAACCUCAGAGCAGGCUCUGACACUGUCUUAGACUCUAACAUCUUAGACCAGAUGUCUCAGUUAGAACGUAUGGUCAGCUCUGUGUCAACGGCAAAAGCAAGAACUAACACAGACACGACAAACUCUGACAGGACAUCUCAAGGUCAUCUCUGUGUGGCUGUUGCCUCCACCAAGGGCACGCUGUACAUUUUGACCUUGGACUCUGGGAGCUGCCUCGCCUCCCUGAGACUGCCAGGGGAGGUUUUCUCCUCUCCUGUUGUCUGGAACAACCUGCUGGUUGUUGGCUGCAGGGAUGACUUUGUUUAUGGGAUAAAGGUCAUGGGUCACACAGGUGUCAAAGGACAAAGGUUACCCAUUUUGUGACUUAAUGAGUGUACAGUAUUUUUUUACAUCUUUUUACUGUCCACUUGUAUGUAAAUAUAACUUUAGGUAGCCAGCCUAAGUUCCUAGGUCCGUGCUAUGAAUAUCUUGAAAUGCCAACCAGCUUUUUGAUUUGAUAACAAUUGUAUAUAAGAGGCAAUAAAGCAUUGGACUAUGUUGGAUAUUUAGAAAAUAAAUCAAAUUUUUUAAUAGAAUAAAAGAAAACAUACAUAAAUCAACAACAUAAUGAUUGGAAAUAUGCAUAUGCAUUGAUUAUA